AUGUUGAGGAGCGUUGGCCACUUCGAGUUCGAGGAGGCGCUCCCGCUGUCGCUGCUGCAGCGCUGCGGCAGCAGACCACCCAGCCCGCGCACCGAAGCAGCAGCAGCAGCAGCAGCUACUGCUGCUCCUGCUGCUGCAGCAGAAAAUGAAUGGCAGCGAGACCUCGGAAGCAGCAGCAGCAGCAAAAGCCCUGCCGAUGCUGUUGCAGCUUCUUGUGUUGCAGUGGCGGAGGGUCUCGUGGCUGUGGGCAGCAACGAGGGGGUAGUUCUGCUGCUGAGGCGCUGCUAUCCCAUGCAUCCGGUACAGCCCGUUGCUCGUUUGCUGCUUCCACUGGACCCUGCUGCUGCUGCUGCUGCUGCGGGUCCUGCUGCUGCGGGUCCUGCAGCAGCUGUUGCUGCUCCGGAGGGGCAAGAGCAACAGCAGAAGGCGCGGCAGCAAGAAGCUCUGCAGCAGCAGCAGCGGCAGCGGCAGCCGCCGCAGAUUAAUGGUCUCCAACAGAGCCCGAUGUUUAGUGCAGCAGCAGCAGGUCCUGCUGCUGUUGCUGCUGCUGCUGACGCUGUAGCUGCAUCACCUGCAGCUACUUCAGCAGCAGCAUCUGGUGCUGCUGCUCCGGCUGCUGCUGCUGCUGGCAUAACUUGCUUGCGCUUUGUUGCAGCAGCAGCAGCAGCAGCAGCGGGAAGCAGCGAGACGGGAAGGCCGGUGCUGCUGCUGAUUGGAGACGCAGCAGGACGCCUGUUUUAUUUUGCUGCUGUUCUUUUUUCUGCCUUCGACAGCAGCAGCGAUAUAGUGCAGCAGCAGCAGCAGCAGCAAAUUGCUUGCUGCUGCUCCAGAGGUAGACGCAGCAGCAGCAGCAGCAACUACAGCAGCAGCAGUCUCAUGACCUUCAGCAGCAGCAGAGAUUUCGUGCUCAUCAACAGCAACAUCCAGAAGCCAGCAGCAGCAACAGCAGCAGAAGCAGCCACAGCAGCCACAGCAACAGCAGCAGCAACUGAAGCAGCAGAAGCAGAAGCAGCAGCAGAUCCAGCAGCACCUAUCAGCUGCAUUGCUGCGUGGGAGGAUACUGAGUCUAUUGCUGCUCCGCCUGCAGCAGCAAGAGCAGCAGUUGCAGCAGCAGCAGCAGCAGCAGCAGCAGAGUUUUGUGUCUUCUACGGCGACGUAAAGGGCUGCCUCUGGCGCAGCCGCUUGCUGCUGCACAGAACCACAACACCCCCAGGCAGCAGCAGCAGCAGCAGCAGCAGCAGAGGGCGCGAGCUGCCACUUUGGUGGCUACUGCGGAGGCAGGAGCUCCCGCAGUGCCUUCUGCGCAGCAGCAGCAGCAGCAGCAGCGUCUGCAGCAUUGUGGGGCCUUUGCAUGCACUGGAUCUCGCGUGGGAGGGCCGCCGCGUGUUGCUGCUCAUUUCGGCAGCAAACCGCAACUUUGUGCUGCCGGAUGCAGCAGCAAGAAGGUUUCCUGCUGCUGCUGCUGCUGCUGGUGUUGCUGCUGCUGGUAAUGCUGCUGCUGAUGGGAUUGCUGCUGCUGCAGUGCAUGCAAUUGGCAGCAAACCGCACGUCGGGCCCCACAUGGCUGUCUCUGCGCCCAUGCCCCAUGCCCUCCUGCAGCAGCAGCUUCAGCAGCAGCAGCAGCAGCAGCAGCAGCAGAUGGCUGUAUUUUCAGCACGCCCAGGGGGAAGGCUGUGGGUAGCAGACACUCAGGGAAGAGUCCUUGCGACUUUGCGGCUGCAGCAAGCUGCUGCCAGCAGCAGCAACAGCAGCAGCAGCAGCAAAGAAACCACAGCAGCAGCAGCAGCAGCAACAGCAGCAGCAGCAGCAGGGCAGCAGAAGUGCUCUAUAGGGGGCCGCCUGGCUUUCAUUGCCCCUCACCUUCUGCUCUGCUGGAGCCAGAAAGAGGACAACGCAGCAGCAGCAACAGCAGCAGCAGCAGCAACAACAGCAACAGCAGCAGCAGCAGCAGCAGCAGUGCAGCUUGUUGAUGUUAACAGCAGCUCUGUGCUGCAGCAGUGGCAGAUAGAAGCUUCUCCUGUUGAUGCUGCCUGCGACCGCAGGCUGUCUCACUGUCUGCUGCUGCUGCAGAGCAGCAGCAGCAGCAACAGCAGCAGCAGCAACAACAGCAGCGGCGAAGGUGUUUUCUGGUUAAAGAACUUCUGGUUUGCUGCAACUCCUCUCAAGAUUGCAAAAGCACUUGUACCUGCAGUUGCAGCAGCAGCAGCAGCAGCAGCACCGCAGCCGCGAGAGCGAGUGGAGGCUGCUGCCAUUGACAGCAGCAGCAGCAGCAGCAGCGGAGGUGAAAACGUUAUUCCUUGUUGCAGGUGCAGCAGCAGCUGUGUGAGCAGCAGUAUGCGGCGCUGCUGGUUUGCAGCUGCUGCUGCUGCCUGCAUGCAAUACGUUGUCAGCGACGCUGCCGCAGCAGACUGGGGGUUGCAGGAGCUGCUGCUGCUGCAGCAACAAUCGCAGCAGCAGAUGGCUUUCCGAGCAGCAGCAGCUGCUGCAGAACAGCAGAGUGCAGCAGCUCUCUCCUUUUUGCUGCCGCUGACGCGCAUAGUCCGGCUGCUGCAGCUGCACGCUUCUGCCCACACAGCAGCAGCAGCAGCAGCAGCAGCAGCAGCAGCGUGCAGCUACAGCAGCAGCAGCUGGCUGCAGCUGAUGCAGCAAUACCAGCAACGUAUUAGCCUCUGGGAAUGGGCUGCCUGCAGCAGCGGCGUUCCUGCUGCUGUUUCUGCGAAGCAUUUCCCGAGGGCAUUUGCUGCUGCUGCAGUUCGCAUUAACGCAACAGCAGCAGCAGCAGCAACAGCAGCAGCAACAGCAACAGCAGCAACGGCUGCGCCGCCAUCUCCCGCCACGUCUGCAAGCACGUUAGAUAGGGGGUCUUCAGAAGCAAGAACAGCAGCAGCAGCUUCAUAG